AUGGCAGACUAUGGUAGUCCCGAGUCGCGCUACCAUGCUUCGAGAAGCCCCAACUAUGGGAGUGGCCCCGCCGACCGUCAGAGAGAUGCCGCUUUCCACAACAUCUUUGGCGGAGCGCCUCCCCCGGGAAGAUCACAAACAAUGACGACCCAGUCUUCAGGGAUGAUGUACGAUCGAUCCAACAGCUUGAGCAUGGGUAUGCAGCCAUCCCAGCACACAAUGUCUAUGCGACAGGGGCCGCCUCCUCCCGUGCGGCAUACUCCACAGAAUUACGACCGUGCAAACGGCUCAGUCCCAGCCCAGCCUUACAUGAACGGGACGGGUCAUCCAAGACCUCCGCAAAAUCCUGCUCCAAUGUUUCCAGAUCGGAGACCAUACCCCCCUCCUCAACGCAUGGAUCCACGUCCAGGAGGGCCACACAUGAUACCCAAUCCAUACGAGCGCAGGCCUCUCCCCAACAGGAUGCCGCCUCCAGCACUGAACAACGACUCAUACAGAUCACGCUCUAUGGUGAGACCAGGUGAGCCUACUAUUGGGUACCGACCUCCACCGAAUAGUUUCCAGCAAGGUACGGCGAGUGCCUUCCGACAGCAGCCAUAUACCGGGAUGGGCCCAUCUAGAACGACUGCGCAAGGCCGGCACAUACCUGAACGUCCUGACGAUCGCGCAAUGUCCAUGGGUUCAUAUUCGUUUGAUCGUGAUCAUACACAACAGUUGACUAGUGGAAGGGUUGUUCCUGGGAGGCGCCGAGAGUCCGAAGGUGAUCCCUUUGCAGACCAGGUAUCUCUAGACGGGUCCUUAAAUCCAACAAGCUCACCGGCAUACGCGCCAACACACCGUGCACGCCGUCCUAGUGAGAGCAGUGCCCCUCCACGGACUGUGUCAUCGGCUUCUAUCGCCUCUGGUUCUUCUGAUUUGACGGGAACUACAAUGAAUGGGUCACGCAGUGAUAGUAUGAAGCAACGACCCCCAAAUUCCAGCCAUUCUUCGAGUCAAAGCACGACAAGCACUGUUGUUCAGAGAAAGUCGCCGUUGGUAUAUCCCGCUCUCCUCUCGCGUGUAGCCAGUGCUUUUCAGGAACGUAUUGGUGUGGGCGAUAGAGAGAAGAACGAUCUAUCUUACAAAAAUGCCUUUACAGGUGCGGAAGCAGUUGACUUGAUUGCCUAUAUCAUAAAAACAACCGAUCGCAAUCUGGCUCUGCUUCUGGGUCGUGCCUUGGACGCGCAGAAAUUUUUCCACGAUGUCACCUAUGAACAUCGUCUAAGAGAUGCGCCUGGAGAGGUGUACCAAUUCAAAGAAACCCUGGGAGAGGAGGCAUCAUCGAAGGAUGUCAAUGGAGUUUUCACUUUACUCACAGAAUGCUAUUCUCCAACUUGCACAAGAGAAAAUCUCUGCUACUCUAUCGCAUGUCCUCGCAGAUUAGAACAGCAGGCGAGACUCAAUCUGAAACCACAGCCAGGUCUGAGGCACUCAAAUUCAAGAGGCAGUCUUCACGACAAUGAUGACCAGGAACAGAAACUCUGGAUCAACAGCGUGCCGAAAGAAGUUGCCGACAGAAUUGAUGAUCGAGAGAAAAAGAGACAGGAAGUCAUAUCUGAAAUCAUGUACACAGAGCGCGACUUUGUCAAGGACCUGGAAUACCUACGCGACUUUUGGAUAAGACCCUUGCGCGGCUUGGGGAAUGUGGUGUCUCCAAUCAAGGAAGAAAAGCGAGAAAAGUUUGUGCGCACCGUCUUCGGCAAUUGUCUCGAAGUCCUAGCAGUCAACGGCAAAUUCGCAGAUGAAUUGUCGAAAAGACAAAAGGAGCAGCAUGUGGUCCAAUGCAUCGGUGAUGUUUUCUUGAAAUGGGUUCCCCAAUUCGACCCAUUCAUCAAGUAUGGCGCCAAUCAAAUGUACGGCAAGUAUGAGUUCGAGAAAGAGAAGGGGGCAAAUCCGGCCUUUUCACGUUUCGUCGACGAGACUGAAAGACUCAAAGAGUCGAGGAAGCUAGAGCUUAAUGGGUAUCUCACGAAACCGACGACUCGGUUAGCUCGGUAUCCACUUCUACUUGACAAUGUACUGAAAUAUACCAAGGACGACAACCCUGAUAAGAAGGACAUCCCCAGGGCUAUCGGGAUUAUCAAAGACUUCCUCGCUCGGGUCAACGCUGAGAGCGGCAAGGCUGAAAAUCAUUUUAACCUGCUGCAAUUAAAUCAGUCGCUCAAGUGGAAUCCAGGAGAGUAUACAGACCUGAAGCUCACCGAGGAAAAUCGUGUCAUCUUGACCAAAAUGGGUUUCAAAAAGUCCCCAACCGAUACUGCGGAGGUGCAAGUCUACUUGUUUGACCACGCCGUCUUGAUGUGCAGGGUCAAGACGGUGAACAAGAGAGAAGAAUUGAGGGUCUAUCGAAAACCAAUCCCCCUGGAACUUUUGGUUAUUGCCGAAAUGGAUCAGGUUAUUCCUCGAUUGGGCAUCGCAAAACGUCCUUCCUCAAGUCUCAUACCGGGUGCGAAAUCGUCGGCAUCGAGCACCCCUGGCCAGAAGGAAGUGUAUCCCGUCACCUUCCGCCAUCUCGGCAAAGGCGCUUACGAGCUCCAACUCUACGCCACUUCCAUUACACAACGUAAGAAGUUCAUUGAACUGGUGGAAGCGCAGCAGAGCAAACUUCGAGAGCGCAGCAGCGAUUUUUAUACGAAGACAAUUCUCUGUGAAGGAUUCUUUAACGCCCAAAACCGUGUCAAUUGCCUUGUGCCAACUGAUGGUGGGAGAAAACUCAUUAUUGGUACUGACAAUGGGAUCUACAUUGCCGAUCGAUUCACCAAAGAUAAGUCGAUCAAACCAAGACGAAUCCUUGAUGCGACUCAGGUGUCUCAAAUUGAUACUCUGGAGGAGUAUAGACUCCUUUUGGUUCUUUCGAACAAAACACUUACCUCUUAUCCGUUCGAAGCACUCGAUGCAAAUAACCAGAACCCUCUGGCCACACGACCUCGAAAGAUCCAGGGCCAUGCCAACUUCUUCAAGGCUGGAAUUGGAUUAGGUAGGCAUUUGGUUUGCUCUGUCAAGACAUCGGCUCUGUCAACGACAAUCAAAGUGUACGAGCCGAUGGAUGACCUAACAAAAGGCAAGAAGAAGCCCGCUAUUAGUAAGAUGUUUGCGAGCGGCCAAGAUGCUUUGAAGCCAUUCAAGGAAUUUUAUAUUCCUGCCGAGUCCACGUCUGUGCACUACCUGAGAUCAACGCUCUGUGUUGGGUGUGCCAGGGGUUUCGAAGUUGUGUCUUUGGAAACCACAGAGCGGCAAUCACUUCUCGACCAAGCUGACACGUCCCUUGACUUCGUCACGAGGAAAGAAAAUGUCAAGCCGAUCCAUAUCGAACGGCUCAACGGCGAGUUCCUGCUCAAUUAUUCCGACUUCAGUUUUUUCGUCAAUAGGAAUGGGUGGCGAGCUCGACAAGAUUGGAAGAUAACGUGGGAAGGAACACCACAGGCAUUUGCUCUAAACUACCCCUACAUUCUGGCGUUCGAGCCGAGUUUCAUCGAGAUCAGACAUAUCGAAACUAGCGAGUUGAUCCAUGUCAUGACCGGCAAGAACGUAAGGAUGCUUCAUUCCAGUACGCGCGAGAUUCUGUAUGCUUACGAAGAUGAGAGCGGUGAGGAUGUGAUUGCCAGCCUUGAUUUCUGGACCCAAGCCCAGGCUUGA